GUCAGUUAUUAAGUUGGAGUUGGUCACUUCAGUUGUGCAAUUGAAAUAGUUAAAGUUUUACGUUUGUUAUUAGAAUUAUCUCAAUAAAGAUGAUUCGAUUUGUAAUCGUUUUUCUAACGUUUUUUUGUGCGUUCGGUGAUAUAACCGUAGCGAGGUCGUUCGAUAAUCAAGAAGAAGAUUUUAUACGAGUUCCUUUGUCAAAAUUUAAUUUUCCAAGCCGAAUUCGACGUGAAGUGAAUGUAAAUGGGAAGAAAGUCGAAUUUUGGAAUGAUAGAAAUAUACAUUAUGCCAUGAAUAUUUCUGUGGGAACUCCGCCACAACAAUUUUCAGUGAAUUUCGAUACGGGAAGUUCUGAUCUGUGGGUGCCAUCAAUAAAUGGAACUUGUCCAAUCUUGUGCAAUCAAAUUAUCGGCGUAGGCACAGAGCAAACAGUUGAUUCAUAUAAUUAUCCAUUCGAUGGAACUAUCGGUUGGGCAUGGUCUGGAAAAGUAAGCCAAACCGAUCCAGACAGUACAAUUAUGGAAAAUUUACAAAAGCAAGGUUCGAUCAAAAAACGUCUAAGCUGCGUUAAGCUAGGUAAUCAAGAUAGUAAACAACACGGUGGUGAACUUUUAAUUGGUGGAUGCGAUGUAACCGCCGAACAUUGGGGACGAGUGUCUGGAAACGGACUCUGGCAGAUUCCAAUUGAUAAAGUUGAAACAAUCGGAACGGAUGGUAAAAGCAGAGCAUCAAUUUGCCAACCGGGAAACCAAAUCUCAAAUUGUCAGGCGGUAUUAGACAGUGGUGCCGCACCAAUCUGUGGACCAACAUAUCUUUUAGAUCCGAUUGCAUCAAAGAUUGGUGCAGUCACAUAUGAUGACCAGCAACAAGAUUAUUUCGUUGAUUGUGACGAUAAAACAUUGGGAAACGUUGAAUUUACUUUCGGAAAAUUAAAAAUUGUGAUGACACCUGCCGAUUAUCUGUCAAAAGAGGGAAACAAAUGCCGCCUAAAUAUGUCUCGCCGUGAUGAUCUUCAGAUACUCUUGUUAGGAGAUCCAUUUCUUCGAAAAGUGACAUUAAUCCUCGACCAGGACAAUGAUCGAGCCGGCCUUGCAAAAGGAAAUUGAUAUCAAAGUCUGUCUAACAAUCAACUGCAUGAUAAAUCAAUUAACGACAAAUUAAUGUGAAUCAAAUCUAACGUAAAAAAUGUUUUAGUA